AUGUAUGGGGACUUGCUUUCCCGAAGAAGUGGGCUCCACAGCUGUCCUCUUAUAGUAGCGUCAAACGGCUUAGCUGAGGCUGAUCUACCUCGUCUCUAUUCGUUGACCUCAAAUGAAUCGUUCCAGGCCAUCGCACGGCAAACACUUGAGUUGGCCAAAGCAAGUGUAGAGUUGCCUAAAGACACUCGCCAUUCCGACCGGCCUCUAUCGAUGACUGAGGACGCGGAAAGCCAAGAAGAAACAGCUGGGACUUUCAACCACUCUAUUGUCCAGCAAGCAGUUAGAGACGGCCGGUUGGGGCUGCCUGACGGGGAAGUUCUGCUGUGUCGAUGCCUCCUUCACGAGUCAGUGGCAGACACUCCCGUGGGGUAUACGCACCAGGAAAUCCCAAAUUUGAUAGAACGAGGACCAUCCAAAGGAAUUAUAAUCGGGUCGGAAGUGGAACACGCAACUGAAAACACGCAUGAUUCAGGUCUAUGUGCGCUCGCUCUCCCUGGGCCUGCCAGCGUCUAUAAGCAGCGCAUAUCAAAUCCACAGAUAAAAACAUGGUGGUUUCUGGAGCCUCACUGCCUCGUUCCUCAUUUUCUCGUUCGGUUCUCAUACUCAAGCAAUUCUUUUUCUUCCAGUUCUCGCGCUCGUUGCAACUCCGCGGACAGUUCGACAACUGAACAAACAACUCCACAAGCAGCUGCGGCUGCUGGAGCAAGCUCUACUGUAGCUGCUGCACCUGGCGACCCGCCAGACGCAGCACGGCUAGCCCGGCAGUCUGCGGUAGAGGCGGAAGGUCCCCAGGGGACGAAAUCAGAAGCGCAAACACAGAAAUUUGAUCAGGCGUCCCACUGCCCCAUUGGGGCCCCAGGUACUUGCACAUCAACGACCCCAGCCAGCGUUCAGCACAACAGCUCUGGAACAGGAGAUGCAGUUCGCUGUGCUGCUCCCUUCGUAGACCUCAUCAACAUGGCUAGGAGCCUGUUGUUUAUUCACAUGAAGGAACUGACGAAACGGACAAGAACGCAACGGCCCUUCGAAGCAGAGGGCUACUGCGAGACGGUUUCUGGGGCAUGUGGAGAGAAUGUCCGCACUGAGGCCCUCCAGCGCAUACAGGGUGUAUCGACAGUUGAAGAAGUUGUUUUCGGCGAAAGCCACUUGCAGCAGGUCUUGCUAAAGACCUUUGGCAGCCCACGCCAUGCCUAUUCAUUAGGAUCCUUAGGGAGACAGCAGAAGGCCCCUGGGGAGCAUGCAUCAUCCCUCUGGGAAGCCGGUGACUGCAAAGCGCAGCUCGACUGCAACGGCGAUGUUCUCUCUUUAAGCCUUAGUAGCAAUGCGCAUCUCAUUGCAUUGAGUCGAGGGGUUCUUUUAAGUUUUCAGAGACUUAGGGUCCUGCUGCUGCCCCUAAACGGUUUGCGCAACUUUGACGCUCCUGGAGAGUCCCCGCCAGUAUCAGAGUCGCCCAGUUCACCAACGGACCCCGUUACAGGAGCCCCCAACGGGAGCAGCAGGAUAGAGCUACCGGAGCUGCGGGUCUUGGAUUUGAGCUUUAAUGAACUCUGCACCCUCGACGGCUUCUGGGGGGCCCCCCGUCUGCAGCAACUGUGCCUGGUUGCUAACCACCUGCUGCUCUUGUCUGAUCUUACCCCCGUCGGGACCGCUGCUCCCCAGCUGCGGCAGCUGUGGCUUGCCGGGAAUCCUCUGUACAUGGGGUCACACAGUUCGCAACAGCUGCAACAGCUGCUGCCAGCGCUGGAGUUGCUGGACGGGCGGCCGCUGCAGGCAGCAUCGGCAGGAGACCCUCUGACUUGUCCCCUGAAGUCAGCAACCGCUCCCAUACCCACCCAGGUCGAUGUGGCUGCAGCAGCCCCUCACUAUGCAUCUGCAAUAGCGGCACCAGCGGUGGCUACCUCUGGCUUGCAGCAACCGUCAACAACACCAAAUGAGCCACGGUGCUGGGCAAUCGCAGCAGCCGCGCAGGUUUCUUCCAUGGAGGAGUCGCAAGGCCAGCGAUACUGGUAA